CCCCGAAAUCACACGUGCUGUGUUGGUAUAAAUAAUUGUACACUUUUAGAGCGAUGGCCAGCGAUUCUGGCAGUGAUUAUGAGGUGGAGGCGUUUAUAAAGCCGAAACGGGUGCGCCGGGCGGUCAACGAUGACAGUGCCGAUCUGCUGGGCAACUUUGACGACGAGAAACGAAAGGAAAUACUCGAUGGAACGUACGUGCACAAGGAGGAUGGCAGAAAUCCAAGUGAUCCCGAGGACACUGACAGCGAGAGCGAGGAUGGAGAGCAAGAAGACCACUCCGAUGGCGAGGGUGCACCACCCUCUGGCAGUGCGGCCUCCGAAUCCGAGGAGGAAGAGGCAUCGCCGGAUGGUCGGUUAACCAAAGAUCAGUUGGACUCUUUGCUUCGUGGAGCGUCGAAAACAAACAGACAUGUUCUGUACGUGACAAAUCUCAACUUUGAGACGACAAAAGACGAUUUGGAGAGACACUUUGAAGGAAUUGGUUUGGUGAAGUCCAUUAGAAUCCCGAAAAAGCGUCGCGGUGGCUUUGCCUUUGUGGAGAUGAUGGAUUUGGCCAGCUUCCAGCGCGGUUUCGAGCUGCACAACACAGAGCUGCAGGGUCGUCGCAUAAAGGUGCAGAUAUCCGAGGCCGGCAAGAAGAAGUCGGCAAACAAGAAGAACAUAAUAAAGCAGAAGAACCGCAAGCUGGCCGAGAUGCGCAACGAGCAGAAGACGUUCACGAAGAGCGGCAAGUUCUACGACAAGGACCUGAAGAAGGAGAAGGCCAAGGAGUUCCUGGCGCGCAAGCGCUGGCGCAAGCCCGCUCCCAGACCCAAUUAACUAGUGUACACUCCCCCCCAUUGCAUAAGACUCCCUAAAUAUAGAUAAACCUAUGAUUAUUUAACACAAAA